AUGUUCAGCGUACGACCAGCUGUGCCCGACGACAUUCCUGCUAUUCUGCAGUUUAUACUCGACUUGGCCACAUAUGAAAAGACGCCAGAGAGUGCAAAGGCUACACCAGAGCUGGCGAGUCCUGACAUCGUCAACCAGCCGACUGCCCAUGUCCUGAUGGCUGCUCUCGAGAACGGCACGCCUGUAGGAUUCGCACUUUACUUUUACAAUUUCUCAACUUGGAUUGGGAAGCCAGGGAUUUACCUAGAGGAUCUGUACGUAUCGCCUGACCACAGAAACCUUGGCGUAGGUAAGGCGCUCUUCACCAAACUUGGAGAGAUUGCUGAAGAAAAGAACUGUGGUCGCAUCGACUGGUCGGUGCUCAAGUGGAAUGCGCCAUCCAUCGCGUUUUACGAAAACACACUCGGGGCAACGCGGAUGGAAGAAUGGGUCGGAAUGCGCCUCGAAGGGGACGAGAGUAUACACAGACUGAGAACGCUUGGGCCAUAGAUUAAAUGGGUAUUAAGGGAGAAUUAUACACCGUCGUAGCUUGCACCACCAGCCU